AUGGUUGGACUAGGAUGUGGCUACGGACUGCCCUACACCAAUGGGAAGUUGCCCUAUGGAGUGGCUGGUGCAGGCGGCAAGGCUGGCUACCCAACAGGGACAGGGGUUGGAUCCCAGGCAGCGGCUGCAGCAGCUAAAGCAGCGAAGUAUGGUGCUGGAGGAGCUGGAGUCCUCCCUGGUGUUGGAGGGGCUGGCAUUCCUGGUGGUGCUGGAGCAAUUCCUGGGAUUGGAGGCAUUGCAGGUGCUGGGACUCCCGCAGCUGCUGCUGCUGCCAAGGCUGCUGCUAAGGCUGCUAAGUAUGGAGCUGCUGGAGGCUUAGUACCUGGUGGACCAGGAGUUAGGGUCCCAGGUGUUGGGAUCCCAGGUGUUGGGAUCCCAGGUGUUGGUGGCAUCCCAGGUGUUGGUGUUGGUGGCAUCCCAGGUGUUGGGGGCCCUGGUAUCGGAGGCCCAGGCAUCGUGGGUGGACCAGGGGCUGUGUCACCAGCUGCUGCUGCUAAAGCUGCUGCCAAAGCUGCCAAAUAUGGAGCCAGAGGUGGAGUUGGCAUUCCAACAUAUGGAGUUGGUGCUGGGGGCUUUCCUGGCUAUGGUGUUGGAGCUGGAGCUGGACUCGGAGGUGCAAGCCAAGCAGCUGCUGCUGCCGCUGCCAAAGCUGCCAAGUACGGUGCUGGUGGAGCCGGAGCCCUGGGAGGCCUAGUGCCAGGUGCAGGGGCAGGAGCAAUACCAGGUGUACCAGGCACUGGGGGAGUGCCAGGGGGCGUCAGCAGCACUAUGCCUAAAGCCCAGGCCACCCACCUCAGCACCCUUCCCUGUCUGCAGUGUGAGGCCGUGGAGCAGGUACCCCUGCAGCGGCAGCUGCUGCCGCUGCCGCCAAGGCAGCCGCCAAAGCGGGCCAGUAUGGUUUGGGCCCUGGCGUUGGUGGUGUUCCCGGUGGAGUUGGUGUGGGUGGGGUUCCUGGUGGAGUUGGCCCUGGUGGUGUUACUGGUAUUGGAGCUGGUCCCGGCAUCGGCAUUGGACCUGGUGGUAUUGGAGCAGGGACGCCAGCUGCUGCCAAAUCUGCUGCUAAGGCAGCCGCCAAAGCCCAGUACAGGGCUGCUGCCGGGCUUGGGGCAGGUGUCCCUGGAUUUGGGGCAGGUGCUGGUGUCCCUGGAUUUGGGGCAGGUGCUGGUGUCCCUGGAUUUGGGGCAGGUGCUGGUGUCCCUGGAUUUGGAGCUGGAGCAGGUAAGGAGAAUUCUAAGGACUGGAUAAAGUACCCUUGAGCUCAGAGAAAGAGGGCCUGCUUCAUCCCAGGACUCCAUCCCUAUGUCCUUACAAAGCAUCCAUUAGAUUUUCCUGGGCAGGCAAAAGCAAACGGGUAUCAGGUAGGUAG